UUUAUUUUUUUGUUUGGUUUUGCGCCAACAGCCGCAGACACAGCAGCAAGACAAGUCAGCGACUGUUGACGAAAAGGGAAAGGGUGGUGGUGGUUCCAGCAGCAGCAGAAGGAGAGCCAAGCCACAAAGACCCAGUCAGCGAGUGAACGAGAGGCUGGUAGCUGGACAUUGGUGCGUCGACAAGAGACAAGCACAAGGACAGCACCCUCAAAGGCGUCAGAGAGAGUGUGUGUGAGAGACAGAGAGAGAUAGCAACAGGCCCUCGUGGAGUGAGUGAGGCACAACCACAAUGGAUUUGUCGAACAACCCAACGGAGCCGCCCGAGAUGGAGGACACCACACAGAACUGGGACAGCAACGCCAUGGAUCAAGAAAAUGAGAGCCAGGACGACCCUGUGUCGUCGCCGUCGACUGGCCUCCUGGGCACACCCCCAGGGAAGAACCCCGCGCAACCCACCUUUGAGCAGGAAGAACUCAAGACACACUUUGACACGGUGUUGCACAAAGGUAGCAAGGACUUUGUCAUUCGCAACUUCACCUCCUACAAGUUCCACACAAGCGCAACCAUGCCCAAUGAGGAGCACCUGAUCCUCGGCGACACCGAGUGGACGCUGCUGGUCUUCCCAGCGGGCGACAAGAGUCCCAACGAGCUGUCCGUGUAUGCGGAGCUAGUCAAGGGCCCAGAAGACUCCCACAAGGUCUUCGCCAACAUCCUCUUCACCGCCGUCGGCAGCAAGCCCGAGUACCGCGUCUCAAAAUGCAUCACACAUUGCUUUUCAGACGUCAACACAAACUAUGGCUAUCCACGCUUCGUCACACACCCGAUGCUGCGGGACUACGGAUUUAUCAAAGAUGACACUGUCACCGUCAGGUUGGACAUUGAGGUACUCGCUGGUUACGAUUUCAACCUCUUUGGUGCCCAGGCUGUCCACGAUACCAAGAAGACAACGGGCAUGGUGGGCCUCGCAAACCAAGGCGCCACGUGCUACAUGAACUCGCUGCUUCAGGCGCUGUACCACACGCCCGCGCUGCGCCGCGCCGUGUACACGAUGCCGACAGCAAACGACUCCGCCGACACGGGCGUCGCCCUUGCCCUGCAGCGCGUGUUCUACCGACUGCAAACGCAAGACCACGAAGUGUCGACAACAGAGCUGACGAAAUCGUUUGGCUGGGACACCCGCGACGCCUUCAUGCAGCACGACGUGCAAGAGUUUAGCCGCGUGCUGAUGGACAAUCUUGAGGAGAAGAUGAAGGGCACCCCCGUGGAGGAGACGGUGAAGAAACUCUUUGCCGGUCGCAUGAAGUCGUAUGUCCGCUGCAUCAACGUCGACUUUGAGUCAUCGCGCGAGGAGGACUUUUACGACAUUCAGCUGAACGUGAAGGACAUUGCGUCACUGCAGGACUCGUUCAAGGAUUACGUCAACGUGGAGACGCUCGAAGGGGACAACCAAUACAGGGCCGAGGGCCACGGCCUGCAGGACGCGAAGAAAGGCGUCAUCUUCCAGUCGUUCCCGCCGGUGCUGCACCUGCAGCUGAAGCGGUUCGCCUACUCGUUCCUCUACGACGACUACCACAAGAUCAACGACAGGUUUGAGUUUCCGCCGCACAUUGACCUGAGCGAUUUUCUCGAGGACCCGUCGUCGUCGCCGGCCAAGUUUACGCUGCAGGCGGUGCUGGUGCACUCUGGCACGACAUAUGGCGGGCACUACACGGCGUUUAUCAGCCCGGAGGCCGACGGCCGCUGGUACCACUUUGACGACGAGCUGGUGUACCGCACGCCCGCGAACAAGGCCAUCGAGGACAACUUUGGCUCAGCGGCCGGUGCAUACCACCGUGGCGGCGGCAACGCGUACAUGCUUGUGUAUGUGCGCGACGACGUUAAGGACGAGGUGCUGAAACCGAUGGCAGACGACGAAAUCCCGCCAGCCCUCCGCGACAGGUUUGAGGGCGAGGAAGCCGAGCGCCGCAGGCUCGAGGAAGAACGCCUCUUCAACCGCGAAAAGAUCAAAUUCAAGAUUUAUCCCGAUGAGCUGUUUGAUGCACACGCGGACGUGGACCUGAUCCGGGUUGCGCCGGGCGUUGGCGAGAUUGAGCGCAUCCACGAGUCGUACACCCCUCGCGCCCUGCUGGAGGAGAAGGCUGAGCAGAUGAACGUCCGUGUGGAUCGGCUGCGGCUGUGGCUCAUGCGCAGCAUUGGCCGUCAGGGCAUGCGGGUGAUUGGCCGGCUCUCCGACGAGGAGUGCGAGCUGAGCUGGCAGCAGCUCCUCUUCAAAUACGACAUGAAGCUCACAAAGGACCGGGGCUUUACCCGCUUGUAUGUCGAGUACUACUCCGAGACAGACGAGCAGCGCCAGCACGAGCUCUGUUCAGCGAUGGACGUGGGCGCUGACGACCAGCAGCCUGCGGUGGAGGGAGCACCAACAACCGACGACGACAAGGACAAGGACAAGGACAAGGGUGAGGCGAGCUCGGAGGAGACGCCGAAGACGCAGGACAAGAACGCACAGGGGGCUGAGGCUGGGCGGAUGCGGGGCCUGCUGCCGGAUGACAGCCACGCCUCGGACGACGAGGACUCGGACGAGUAUGUGCCCAAAUCAGACAUUUUGGUGUUUGUGAAGCACUUUGACAUUUACAAGGGCCGCCUCCGCCACCUCAAGAGACUACACAUCUGCUCCGCAACCACAAUGCAGCAAAUUGUCGACGCGUGCCGCCCCCUCGCCGGCGUGUCCCCAGACCGCGAAUGCCUCCUCUUCUUGGAGGAAUUCUUCGAUUCCGAGACACCGCAAGCGACGCGCAUCCCACUGCUGGCGCCGGAGAAGACUGCAGCAGACUACCGCCUCGACCACGGCGCCCUCCUCAUUUUCCAGGCAAAGCCCCUCGACACGGAGGAGUACAAGUAUCCGUACGCGGAGGACUGGUUCCACAAGCGCUGUGACGAGUAUGUGGUGAAGGUGGCACAGGGCCGCACGGGCGCGGGCCAGCACCAGGUGAUGACCCUCAAUGCCAUGCUGACGUACCAGGAGUUGCAGGAAAAGAUUGCUGCCGAGUUUGAGCUUGAGCACCCGUCCCACAUCCGCCUCUACCGCAGACACGAUCAACACUACGGCACGCCCAUUUCGUCCACGACGACGGCGACGCUCGACUCCAUGUGCACGGGCAGCGGCAAACUCAAGUUCCUUAACUUUGUCGUGCUCGACAAACCCGUGCAGGAAAAGGAGCAAGAGGUGAACGUGACGUGCGAGUGGUUUUCGCCCACAGACCGCAAGACAGAUCGUGUCACCAAGACGGUGAACCGGGAUUUGCCCGUUGCCGAUAUUGUCGCUGAAAUUGCGCGUGAGAAGGAGGUGCCUGAGGAGGACAUGCAGUGGAUCAGGUCAGCUGGAAUUGCCCACAGCGAGUUUGUGGAUCUGGACCGGGACACGACGGCCGGAGAGCUCUCACACCGCCGCCUCAUGCUCCGCGUGGAGUUGAUUCCUGAGGAUCAGCGCAAUAUGGAUGAUGCGACCACGCUUCUUGAAAUCCGGCAUUUUUGGCAUUAUCCUGCGUCGUCGCAUGGUGAUCCCUUCUACUUUGCCGUCCACGACGAUGAGCUGGUGAAGGAUUUCUGCCAGCGCGUGAAGACGUAUCUGCACAUCAGCGACAAGGAGUUUGAGCAGUGGAAGCCGCACCUGUGCGCAGGACACAUUGCGACCCCUCUUGACGAAGACGAAAAACUGCAGCCGAAGCGCAUGAUGCACGACCAGUGGCUCGCAUUUGAGCACGUGGAUAAGACCCGGGUGCCACGGUAUGGCGAGGCUGCCGUCAAAAUCCACAACUGAUGUGGGACGCAACACCUGUUUUGUUGGUUGUUUUGGUGUCUGUGCCUCUCCCUGGGUUCCUUUGUUUCUUCUCCCCCCCCCCGCC